AUGAAAACCUUUAUUACUGUACUCGUUUUAAUUAUUUCCUCGGUUUUUGCCGUACCUUAUGCAUUUAUAGAAAGACAAGACGCUUGUGAUGGAUUCCGCAUCACUUCACCAACUCAAAGCGGUCUUCAAUGGACUAAUGGACAAUGUUACCAAAUCUCAUUCGACGGUGGAAACAGUCCAGCCGGCACUUAUAAAGUAACAUCAAUCGAUCUUAUUGACACAAGCGGAAAUAUCAUACAGCAACAAUGGACUGGUUCAGUGGAUCCCGCUACUCAAGGCUAUACGCCAAACUUCAAUUUGAAUCUUGGCUCGUCGCCUAAAAACGGAGAUUACAAGCUACGUUUGUAUAUACAGAAAACUGAUGGUAGUGCUACGUGCAAUCGUGACACGGUCACUUUUACGGGAAUUUAUAAUCAAAAUAGCGGAUUUGACAAAUGUCCUUAG